GCCUCCCCAAAAGGCCAGGAGCAUCUUGUCGAGAGCCCGCUGGAGGACCAAUCAUCCAGCUUUUGGUCAAUAGAUUCUGCUUGGGGUCAAAGCGACCAUAGAGAGCUGUUCUUUGACCAAGUGGCUGAACUCGAGCAGUUGAUGUCUGGGGAGAAUUGCAGGGAAAUUGUUUUUCAGAAGUCUUGGCCUGUUAAUGGAGCGUUGUCUCUUGGUAUUGCUCAAAAUAAGGAGGAUGUUGAUGGCUCUGUAGAAUUGUCAGAUAGUGAAGAAAAUUUAAAUGCCGGUGGACUUAGUUGUCCUGGUCCUGGAAUAUCUUUUGUACAAAGCUCAGAAGAGAAUCCUCCUCCAGAACAACAAGCCCUUGAGCACUCACCAGCAAGUUUGCCAAACAAUGAGUCAAUGCUGUUUGAUCAAUCACAAGAUUCACCUUCCUCUGUAGGAAGCUCUUGCAGUGAUGAAGCCUCUGAAAAGAGGAUCAGAAACAAUAAGGCUUCCAGGAAGUUUCGCCGUGCAAGGAAGGAAAGACACAAAACUUUGUUUGCUAAGGCAACUAAGUUGGAGAAGGAAAAUUGGUCAUUGAAGCUUCAGGUGAAUGAGAUGAUGAGAGAAAUUGCUUCCUUGAGGUCCAUGCUUCCAAAGAAUAUUAAUCAUGUUUCAUUUGUUUCAUAA